CCAAACAUGAAGUCCACAUGAGCUCCCUGGAUCCAGUCAAGACGUUGAAAUUAAUUCUGCAGGAAAUAACAAAAUGUCCAAUCAAUCAGCAAGAACUCAUGUUAAAUGGCAGGCGACUGGAAGAUGACUGCCCAUUGUCUGAAUAUGAGAUCCAACAGGCAUCCGUCAUCCACAUGAUGAUUCGCAACCCCAACGAUAUUGUUGUCAUUGUGAAAACACUGACAGGAAGAAGAAUUGAUUUUGACCUUGACAUUUGUGACACUGUGGAGAAUCUGAAGGCGAAGAUACAGGACAAAGAAGGCUUCCCUGUCGAACACAUGUGCAUCACCUUUAAGGACAAGAUACUGGAAGACGGACACAAAUUGUCUGAGUGCGGAAUCCACUUUUUCUCCCUCCUAUACCUCUGGAUCCGGCCCCAGGAAACCGGUCUGACCUUCACCGUGAAGACAGAGAUGGAAACCGAACAUGAGGUCCACAUGGACUCCCUGGAUCUGGUCAAGACGUUGAAAUUAAUUCUGCAGGAAAUAACACAAUGUCCAACCAAUCAGCAGAAACUCAUGUUUAAUGGCAGACGACUGGAAGAAAACCGUCCAUUGUCUGCAUAUGAGAUCCAACAGGCGUCUGUCGUCCACAUGAUGAUUCACAAACACAACAAUGUCACUGUCAUUGUGAAAACAAUAACAGGAAAAUCAUUUUAUAUUGACCUUGACAUUUGUGACACUGUGGAGAAUCUGAAAGUGAAGAUACAGGACAAAGAAGGCGUCCCUGUCGACCAGAUGCAGCUCAUAUUUGCAGAAGAGCAACUGAAAGACGAAAGGACAGUAUCUGACUGUGGAAUAAAACAUCUGACCAUCGUUCAUCUAAUGCUUCGCUUAUGUGGUGGUAAUGAUGGAGGAAAGGAGGAAGAAGAGGAAGAAAAAGAAGACAAAGAUGAAGAGGAUGUGGAAAAGGUCAAGAUGGACUUCACAGUGUCUGUCAAAACGGUGACAGGACAGAGACAUAAGGUGGACGUCCGUUCAUCCGACACGGUCCAGGCCCUCAGGAUCCGGCUUCAAGUCCAGACCAGGGUCCCCACCGAACACAUGUGCAUCACCUUUGAGGACAAGAUUUUGGAAGAUGGACGCAAACUGUCUGAGUACAGAAUCCAACCGAAGUCCAUGCUAUACCUGUGGAUCCAGCCCCAGGAAACUGGUCUGACCUUCACCGUGAAGACGGAGAUGGGAACCAAACAUAAGGUCCACAUGAGCUCCCUGGAUCCAGUCAAGACAUUGAAAUUAAUUCUGCAGGAAAUAAUACAAUGUCCAACUAAUCAGCAGAAACUCAUGUUUAAUGGCAGACGACUGGAAGAAAACCGUCCAUUGUCUGCAUAUGAGAUCCAACAGGCGUCUGUCGUCCACAUGAUGAUUCACAAACACAACAAUGUCACUGUCAUUGUGAAAACAAUAACAGGAAAAUCAUUUUAUAUUGACCUUGACAUUUGUGACACUGUGGAGAAUCUGAAAGUGAAGAUACAGGACAAAGAAGGCGUCCCUGUCGACCAGAUGCAGCUCAUAUUUGCAGAAGAGCAACUGAAAGACGAAAGGACAGUAUCUGACUGUGGAAUAAAACAUCUGACCAUCGUUCAUCUAAUGCUUCGCUUAUGUGGUGGUAAUGAUGGAGGAAAGGAGGAAGAAGAGGAAGAAAAAGAAGACAAAGAUGAAGAGCAUGUGGAAAAGGUCAAGAUGGACUUCACAGUGUCUGUCAAAACAGCGACAGGACAGAGACAUAAGGUGGACGUCCGUUCAUCCGACACGGUCCAGGCCCUCAGGAUCCAGCUUCAAGUCCAGACCAGGGUCCCCACCGAACACAUGUGCAUCACCUCUGAGGACAAGAUAUUGGAAGAUGGACACAAACUGUCUGAGUACAGAAUCCAACCGAAGUCUGUCCUAUACCUGUGGAUCCAGCCCCAGGAAACUGGUCUGACCUUCAAUGUUAAGACUGAGAUGGGAACCAAACAUGAGGUCCACAUGAGCUCCCUGGAUCCAGUCAAGACGUUGAAAUUAAUUCUGCAGGAAAUAACAAAAUGUCCAAUCAAUCAGCAAGAACUCAUGUUUAAUGGCAGGCGACUGGAAGACAACCGCCCAUUGUCUGAAUACAGGAUCCAACAGGCGUCUGUCGUCCACAUGAUGAUUCGCAACCCCAACAAUAUUGUUGUCUUUGUGAAAACACUGCCAGGAAAAAUAAUUGAUUUCGACCUUGACAUUUGUGACACUGUGAAGAAUCUGAAGGCGAAGAUAUGGGACAAAGAAGGCCCCCCUGUCGACCAGAUGCGGCUCAUAUUUGCAGGAAAGCAACUGGAAGACAAAAGAACAGUAUCUGAUUAUAGAAUAGAACACAUGUCCACCGUUCAUCUACUUCAUCGCCUCCGUGGUGGUGGUUACAUAAUGGAGGAAGAAGAAGAGGAAGAAGAAGAGGAUGAAGAAGACGAUGAGGAUGUGGGUGAGAACAAAGGCAGACGCAGGAGUAUGGAAGAGUUGGCCGACUUUAACCACAAGAAACCUUGGUCGUGUCAGAUUUGUUGAUGCUCUGUUCAGGUCCAUGCAGGAUGUGGUUGUGGUUGGUUUCAGAACCACUUGUGCAAUCUGAAACUCCCUCUGGUCCAUUUACAUCAGAGCGUCGUCUUUAUCUGUGAACUGGACAAAACACAUAAAGAACUGACUAAUGAAACUGGAACCACUAAGUACUACAUCAUAGUUCUGUAUCAGGGGAAUCCAUAAACAUUUAUUUUUUUUCCUUAUUUAAAGGUGAAGUUAAUUUAUUAUCCCUGUGGGGAAAUUCAGCCUCUGCAUUUUACCCAUAAUGCACAGACAGUUGCUGGAAUUGACAUUAGCAUUAGCACACAUUUGGAGCAGUGAGCUGCCAUUGGAGGUGUUAAGAGACCAACUCCAGAUCUACAUCAGCACCAUUUUUAUAUUAACCUAUAUGUCAAAAUAUAUGUUUAUUAUAUAUGAUUUGUUGUGAACUUCAUCCACUUCCUCUGCUCUUUAUAUAUUUACUGAUGUAACUGUGGUGUAAUGUUCAUUGUCUUGGGUUUUGUCUAUUUCCAGUGUGUUGCUUUAACCAUCCUCUACAGCUUCCACUGUUUCCUAUUAAUGAUACAUGUUUUAUUUUGUACAGAUGUAAAAGAACUAAAUGCAUGCACUACAUGAAAACAUCAGAGUAUUACAGAGAAAUCCAGGUGUGUUAAUCUGAUCUCUCAUAUUUGACAUUUUUCAUACAGUCAGUAAAAGAAAAAGGAAGAAGCUGAAGCCAAAGCUUUUGUUCUUAUCCUUACGUUACCCAGAAUACCAACAAUAUAAAGGAAAUAAAUAUACAUAAAUAAAUCAAAAUGAAAUGACACUAAUCAGCCAUGACAUUGUGUCCACAGACAAUAUUGAUUAUUUUACUGGGUUGGAUAUAAAGAAUCAGACCCUGAGUGAACAUUAGGUUGGCAGAGCUGAUUUGUUGGAAGCAGCAACUGUGAUGACAGUCAUGGGCUGUUGUUUCUUUUUUUUUUUUUUUUUUCCUUUUUCUU